AUGGUGUUGUUGACGAUUCUGUUCUUCCUGCCGCUGCUGGCCUCUGCGAAAUCCUGGCACAGCUUCUGGUAUGAUCUCGGCCUCUUCGGUAUCCAUCCCACCGUCAGUUACGAGUCCUUCGAUCUCCAAGCGCCGGAGCUCAAUGUCAUCAAGUCAGAUCCGCGAUGUGAAGAUGGCCACAUCCUUCUCACGCCGCGCGGGAUGUUCUACCCGGAACCCGGUCCGUUGAUCUUCGACAAUGCCGGCAAUCUGGUCUGGAUGGAGAACAAGUAUGGCAUGGUGAUGGAUCUCAAAGUCCAACACUACAAGGGACGGGAUUACUUGACCUUUUGGGCCGGCGAGGAUGACGGCACUCGAGGCAAUGGCCAAUACUAUAUGCUAGAUUCAUCCUAUGAAGUCGCACACAUUAUUACCGCCGCGAAUGGGCUCAUGGGAGAUCUCCAUGAAUUCAAACUCACCGAGAAUGGUACAGCCCUGAUGACCAUCUACGAAAUGACGCCUGCCGACCUCACCUCCGUGGGCGGACCUUCCGAUGGAUGGAUCUACGACGGGGUAUUCCAGGAGGUUGAUCUCGAGACCGGGGAAGUGGUCUUCCAAUGGCGGGCUCGGGACCACUACGCCGUGGACGAGGCGUAUUCGCCGCUGGGCGACAAGGGUCGGGAGCCCACCAAGGCCAGCGCGUGGGAUUAUUUCCACAUCAACAGCGUCGACAAGGACGCCGAGGGCAACUACCUCGUCUCCUCGCGCUACAUGCAUACCCUGACCUGCGUCAAACCGUCGGGCGAUCUAUGCUGGGUUCUCGGCGGUAAACGCAACAUGUUCCAGGAUCUUUCCGAAGACGGCUCAGCAACGGGAUUCAGCUGGCAGCACCACGCACGCUGGCAUCCCGACAACAUUGUGACGGUCUUCGACAACGGUGCGGACGAGGACGAGAUCACCACAGACCACAGCCGGGGCCUGAUGAUCUCGCUAGAUCUGGACGCCAUGACGGCCACCACUCUGCAGGUCUUCAACCCGCCGGACGGCUGGCUCAGCCGAUCCCAGGGCUCCGUACAGGUCAUGCCCGACACUGGCAACGUUUUCGUCGGCUGGGGCCGGACCCCAGCCUGGACCGAGUUCACCGCCGACGGCGAGGUCCUGUGCGACGUCCACUUCAGCCCGCGCUGGUUCUUCCGCCUCGGCUGGGUGAAAUCCUACCGCACCGAAAAGGCUAAAUGGGUGGGCACGCCCAGCUACCCGCCUACCUUUCAGCUCGAAGACGGCGGCGACCGCCUCUACGUGAGCUGGAACGGCGCCACCGAAGUCGCCGGCUGGGUCCUCCAGGGAUCCGGCGACCCGCACGCGCAGGACGCCGACUUCGAGACCCUAGACUAUAUCCCCAAAACGGGCUUCGAGACCUGCUUCGACCUGCCCCAGACUGCUCAUCCUUAUCUCCGCGUCGCGGCCGUCGGCUUUGACGGCAAGGAUCUAGGCUAUACCAAUGUUUUUGAAACAGAUCCUGAAUAUUCCCCCUCUUCAUCCUCCUCCUCCUUCCUUCUCUUCAGCGACAUGUAUCUCCCCGAGCUCCUCCUCAGCAGCCUCGCCCUAGCAGGCGUCUUCAUUGCCAUCUGGAAAUCGCGACAACUAUUUCCCUCGUUUGCCCUUGUCUCCCGCUGGUUUACCCGUCAUAACACCCGCUUUUAG